AUACAAAGAUUAGCUAUUCAACGUAUUGUUUGGCAGAUGUGGGGAGCACACUCCGUCUGUGGCGAAAGGGCGAGAAGCCGAGAAAGAGAGAGAUGAGGAGGAAUAUGUCGGCGUGAGGACGUUUCUUUGUGUUCACGACAGCCAAACUCAGAAGCCAGGUGUGUCUCCUCAGCCACCAACUAGCCUACUUCUCACCUUUACCACCACUGUCGAGGUAGCCAUGGCGACCAGCGCCCUGCCAAGUGACAACCUGCCAACGUACAAGCUGGUGGUGGUGGGGGAUGGUGGUGUUGGGAAGAGCGCCCUCACCAUCCAAUUUUUCCAGAAGAUCUUUGUGCCAGACUAUGAUCCCACGAUAGAGGACUCGUAUCUUAAACACACAGAGAUAGAUGGACAGUGGGCAAUACUGGAUGUGCUGGACACUGCCGGUCAGGAGGAGUUCAGUGCUAUGAGGGAGCAGUAUAUGAGGACAGGAGACGGCUUCCUUAUCGUCUUCUCUGUGACAGACAAGGCCAGCUUUGAACACGUUGACCGAUUCCAUCAACUCAUACUACGGGUCAAAGACAGGGAGGCCUUCCCCAUGGUGCUGGUGGCAAACAAAGUGGACUUGGUCCAUCUGAGAAAGGUCACCAGUGACCAGGGACAAGAGAUGGCUGCAAAACAUAAUAUAACUUAUAUUGAAACCAGUGCCAAGGAUCCUCCAAUGAAUGUGGACAAAGCCUUUCAUGAGCUGGUUCGCGUUAUAAGACAACAGGUGCCAGAGCGAAACCAGAAGAAAAAAAAGAAGAUGAAAUGGAGAGCAGAACGUUCAGCAGGUUCCCACAGGUUCCACUGUGCCAUAUUGUGACCUCCCUCUUCCUGUUUAUCAUUCGUAAACACACACACACACCCACACGCACACCCACAUACCUUUGGAUGUCAGGGAACUCCCCAGCAGUGGUUUACUACUGGAGCACAAAAAGGGAGGGAGGGGGGAUCGAUGAGUGACUGGCUGGAUGAUUCGAGGGGGGGACGAAAGCGAGGGUGAAUCUGACAUGUUGGACUGAUGUCCCCCUCACUCUUCAAUAUGUCCUGGAAGGAGUGCUGUGCCCUCUCUCCUCAAUUUAUGGUCCCUUUCAAAGGUCUAUAGAUCCCUCCCAUCUUUAUUCAACACAGAACUACAGUGUCACUGAACUGUUUCUCAAUCAAGUGUAAUUUUUGGAUUUCAUUUCAAAACGUGGCACUCGACGACAGACUCUGGGUAGAAAAAAGCCAGAGACCAGAAUCAGCUUGAUAUUGGAACUUUUGUCUUCUUGAGAAAGGGAGGAACAAAGGGAGGAUCCGACUGAAAAUGGCGCCUCGUUGGAUUACCUCCCAACAACCUGCUGGUCAUCACCUGUCCAUCCUCACACUCCUGGAAGAAAAGCACCUGUGUGAGCUUUUUAGAUGUGUUGUCUGUACUCUCUCUCUACAGAGUGGACAUCAUAAGGGCAAGUUGGACGAAUAAGAGAGCGGUGACUUUUGGUGAUUUUUGGUAGUAAAAGUAAAAGUUGCGUGGUGAACUUCGAGUUCUGUGAGUGUAGCGUGAACUUUGCGGGUCAUGUGACGCUCCUGUUUUGAAAAGUCAGUUCAGAGAGGAUGGAAGGACGUGUCGUAGCGAGCGAGAGAAAACGUGACGUGGUUGGUCGACAGGUGAGCACUGUGGUCAUAUCAGCUUGUUGAAUAAGUGUUUAAAUAUUGUAAAAGAGAGUUAGAUUGGUUGGUGUAUGUGGUUACACUUAAAUGUAAACAUAACAGGGUUUUAACCAACACUGAUGUGUCAGCAGCCAUGUUUACAGACACCGAAAUAAUCCAUUAACGGAUUAUUUUCCCAUCAGAACGACACACAGUAAAUCAGAGCCACUUUACAUCAAGUGUUUGAACAUAAUUAUGGUUUGUUUAGGUUGCCUCUUCAGUCUUUCUCAAUGACAUGAUGAGCGCAGCCUUCAUCAGUACUGUAUGGACAAUAGCCCUGAUAUUUUUUUUGUCUUUGUAGUCUUAACAGAUUGUCUUCAAAACAAGUUACUUUCAAUGUUUUUGUAUCUAAAAAAUAUAAAAAAUAUAGAAAAUUACAAUUAUAUUUGUGAUAUAAAAAAAAUCUAAUCAUAGGUGGCAAUGUAAACAAAUUCAAUGCUGUUUUACAAAGGAAAUUCUUAAUGAAAUAGAAUAGAUAAGGGAUAAUGUGAGCUUCAUGUUUCAUAUCUGAAGCAGGCUGGAGAAGCUGAUUUGCACUGGCCACUAACCAAAAUAAUGUGAUGUCACUUUAUUUCAAUCUAGGGGCUUUUCAGACCGCACCGCUGAAUUCAGGACAAUGAAUCGCGCUCAGUAAAAGGAGAGCACUCCUUUAGUUUGGGGGUACAUACUGUAGCCCUGGGUAUACAUGCGAGUUGGACUGCCUGCCUGUCUGAACCAGGUCGGUUAAAGCCAUGCUAACCUAGCUAUGGGCUAAGUUUAGUCGUUGGAAAACCACACACUCGAAGCAACAAGACAUUCAGUAUAUUCGUGUCCGUAGUCGUGAGGUGGAUAGGAAUGUACAAUUUAAUAACCUAUGAAAUGGCUUGUACUGUUAACGCACUAAAGUUUCGGUGGACAACUUUUUUGUCUGGAUGAAUGCCGUCUCUUGAAGGAAAUACAUUUUUGCACUUUUAAUACAAUUUCUGACUUUCCUAUUGGCAUGUUGUUUUCUGUUCAAAACCUGUAAGUGAAAUGAAAGGCACGGUCAAAAUGAUUUGAAUGUAAAAAAAGUAAAAAAAGAAGAAAAAAAGACAAAAGAAGCAAAUAGGCAAUUGGUGUUGUAGCCCUGUGUGCCUGCUUAUGCCUGUUGCCUUGGUGACUGAUUGUGACAGAGAUUACAUAAAUUGGAAUCAAAUCAUUGGAAAGGUGUUGAACGAAAGAUGCAGUUUUGAAUUGAGAAGGUUGAGUAUGGAAAAAAAUGUAGUUAUUGAAUGACAUACAAAUUCACCUCAGCAUGAAAGUGGAGCCUCAGCAAAAGCAGGAAAUCAGUAUUAACCUACACCUACUGUUAAGGGGACUUCACAAAGAGUUUCAGAGAAGGACACAUCGAGCAAUGAAGCAACAGACUCUGGGUCGCGGGAUAGGGCAAAAAAAAAAGAGGAAAAACAAACUGAAUGUGUUUGAUGAAAAUGUUGCAUCAUGUAUGUUUGAUACCAUUUUGUAUUAUUGAUAUGAAUUAUUGAUAUAAUUCUUGCAAAGUGUUUUUUAAACAACUGAAUAAUUUAUUACUGUCUAUGUUACCUCAGCGUGUCCCAGACCUGGACAAAAAGCUAAACUCCCCCCCUUUUUUUUUUCUCUUUUUUUCUUUUAUUUGGGACUCUCAAUGGGUCGUAGGCCUUUUGCCUUUGAGCCCCCAUAUGAAGAGACUUGUAAUGAGUUGUGGACCAAGAUGAAGAAACAGAGUUUGGUCUUGAGCUGAACAAGCAUAAGGACCUCUUCUUUACUGGAGCUCAUGUGGACAGCCUCACAAGUGAAAAUGUAGUCACACACAAGGAAAAGUUUGUUGUCCAAAUUGUAACGUUAAAUGUUUAUUUGUUCAAUGUGAAAUUUCUUAAAAGAAAUAGUUUGACAUUUUGGAAAAUGUGCUUAUUCACUUUCUUGCUGAGUGUCACAUCAGCACAUUAAAUAUCAUGCUUUAGCCAGCAGUCGUUAUUAUGUUAUGAUCUGAUUUGAUUUUGUCUUAAAGACUGAUGACAGAGGGGAAAAAUUAGCCUGGCUGUGUCUAAAGAUAAUAAAAUCAGCCAUCUGAUUUUGCUCACUCUGUUCCCACCAGUAUUCCAUGCCACCGCAGGUGUGAAAACCUCCUCCUUCCAGCGGUCCAAAGCUCCUGUGCUUGCAGUGUAAACACCAACACUCCAUCUGUUGUUUUAAGCUCUCAGUCCUGGCAGCACAGCUUACUGAACUAACUUGGUGCAAAGGUUACCAAGUAAAGCUUUCUGUCCAUCACAAAACUUCUAAAUCGACUAGAGUCGAGGCAGAGCAGCUGGAGGGAACCAAGAAAAUAGUUUCUUAAUAAAAUAUUAUCCAGUUUCACCAAAAUCAUUGACAUAGCUGGUGCUGUGCCAUACAAUAAUGUUUCCAUCAACUAAUUUCUAUGUGCAUUUGAAGGUUUACACAAGAAACGCUUGAGGUGGUUUCUGUCUUUUUAAAAAAAGAAUAAAUUCACUGAACAGGAGAUGGAAACGAUUUUUCCGAAUAAGUUCUGACGUAGCGAACAUUUAACUCACAUGACUUAUCAGCUGUUUCCGCUCUGACGUAUAAGAACAAACAUAAGUUGCCCAGGUGAAUCUAAUUCCUGAAGACUUCUUUCUAUUUUCUCUUGUGGGUGGCCAAAGUUGUCCAAUAAGCAACAUCUUUUUUUGUUUUUCUCUCUCGCACAAUCUCUUCUUCUUCUACUGUUUACUGACAGUUUAGCCUUCAGCGAUACAUUACACUGCCAUCUGCUGAAAAAAGUACAUUCAUGCAGCUUUGUUUAUUUGCUCUUAACCAGUUGAUGGAAACAUCCCAAAUUUUCAAAUUUUCUUAAAUGUGACAGUGCAGGAACAGUGGGGAGAGUGAGAGUAACAGAAGCACCAUUCUUCCAAUUACAAGUCAGUGUAGCAUCAAAAUUAUAUUGAAGCUGUUUUUUGAAGGUAAAAUAGUUGCAUAAUGUUGCUGUAAUAUUUACACGUACAACAGCGAUCAAUUUUCUCCUCUUAACUCUCAACCUGAAAGUGUAUCAGCAUAUUUCCAAAAAUGUCACACAAGUCUUUAAAGCAGACUGAGCUCAUGUACCAGGCAGGGUGUCGUCUAGUUAUUUAACUUUUUGGUUUGAGGUCCAAAAUCCAGUUUGAAAUUAGAAAGUUACCUUUCUUGAAUGGAUCAUUGUGGCUGGUACAAAGAAAACCUGCUGAUUUAUUGCACCGUCUUCACCUUUCAGGCAGACCAAAUACAAACGCUGAAAGUGAACAGAAUGUAUCAGCUAUUAGACCCUGUGCUCUAAAUUGAGCACUUUUGUUUCAUCAAUUGGAGAGGUAGCAUUCUUUUUCAAAUAGACACCAAGUAUUGUUGAAGUUAUGCAAUUGAUUUGAGUCGUGUGUGUUCUGAAACGUUGUCAGUGUGUGGCAGUAAGGGCCGUGUAACUUUGGGUUUGGAUAACAGAAAAAAAAAAACAUUUGGAGUUGUCACAACAGUUGUGUAAUGUGUGUUUUUGGACAGGUCUGUUGUGUUCUAACUGGCUGUGUCAGACUGAGGAGCUAGACGAGGCACAAACAAACUGUGGCCUUUUUAUCUAGCCUCAGGGGUCGAAUAUAUUUCAAUAAAGAAAUACAAGUAUUGUGACUA